CUCUAUACCCCUUCGAUAGUGUCACAAAGAUUUACUGAUUUGAGGGGGUAUGAUUGUGCAUUGUUUAGGGGCUACAGAGAUUUCAUUCUGAGCACGCUGAGCUCAUUAAAGCCGGAAGCCAUGGAUCUAAUCUCCUUCGAUUGCAACGAGAACCGGGUCCAACGAAGGCCAACUGAGAUUGAGAAGCUUUUUGAUCCAUUGUUUGCUUCUGAACCUUUCAAUCAGGCGUCCACUUAUUCUCAUGUAACCAGUAAUCAGGCAGCAGCAUUUGCUACAGGAGCCGUCGCAGUCCAAUCAAUUAGGGCCUCGGACCAACAGAAGAUGGCCAGACUAGAACGGCCCAGUUCGACGACCGAGUUGAUGAGUAUCGGAGCACCAGAUCGCAAAAGAGCCGAAAGCAUUUCAGAGAGCACGUAUCAAGCCUAUCUUCUGUCUUCUGGAAACACUAAUGUGCGCUUCCAUUACCUUUAA